AGACCAGCCAGGCGUGGGGGAAACAGGUUCAAGGAGCCAAAUGACCUACUUGUAUUCCUAUGUUCCAUUGCUUAACUGGUAUUACAAAUGACCUACAUUUUUGAAAGCUUGUGUAGUGACUGGAAAGCAGAAUGGAAAUGAAGAGGUGCAAAAAGCACAUUUGUUUUUAUGAUCUUGCCGUGUUACCACAGAAUUUGUUACCAUGCUCAGCAGAUUUGCUUUGUUCUAGUUUUGUCUUGUCUAUUUUUAAUAUUUUCACUACCAAUUAGAACAAAAUUCAGAGUCAUACCUUCCACAGACUUGAAUUCCUUGCAAAUCAAAGUUUUUUACAGGAGAGCUGGAUAUCCACGUCUCGAUCCUACGUCAUCACGUGACGUCCCCUGGAGAAGGAAUAGAAAAUGACUGUUUCAGUUCCAGUUCUUCUCUUUGCAUUUCUCCUGUUUACAUUGGCUUUCCCUCUACAAUUCAAUUCAACUCUAGAAUCAUGCCAAGACAAAGGGAUUUAUUUGGACCGCCACUAUGUUCUGGAAGGGGAAGCACUAACUUUUAAAUGCCCUGUUUCGGAAUAUUUAAGUCCUGAAGGGUUCAAGAUUGCAGAUAAGAAUAUCAGUAUUAUGUGGUACCGCAACAAAACAUCAGAACUAAUAACAACAGAUAAGACACAGAGGAUACAUGCAGAAGAUAAUUCUCUUUGGCUUCUUCCUGUAUUAAGUGGAGAUACUGAUCUCUAUAUUUGUGUUGUGUGGUAUCCUGCAUUUUGUAUCAAAAAGGCAAUUUCAGUUCAAGUUAACAAGCCUGUCAGUGUAUCAUGCCCACAGAACAGUAAUUUCUAUGGGUCGUCGUCUCAUAGGGGAACAACUAAAAGGAUGUUUUGUCCUGAUAUCGAAGAGUAUGCAGGUUCAAAUGAAGAUUUGUCACUACAGUGGUACAAGGACUGCAAGCCUAUUUCCUACAAUGCUGUAAAGUAUCACUACCACAAGAGAGACUCGCACUUGACUAUAAAAAACGUGGAUCGAUCAGAUGAAGGAAUCUAUGUUUGUGAGCUAAAAUUUAUACAUAAUGGUUUACAAUAUGCAACAUCAAGAACCAUUGACUUCGAUACUAAGGGCUGUAAAAAUAGUGUAGUUCCACAAAUCGCACAUCCUAUAAGUGGUAUAACUGAAAUUCCGCCUGGUUCAAAUGUGAAUUUAACAUGUGUAGCAUACACAGGAUAUUGUGAUCCUCCCGUAACACUUGUAUAUUGGCUAGUAAAUAACACAUUUAUUGAAGACUAUUUGAACAACUCAGUCCGCCGUGAAGAAAGUCAUUGGAUUAGUGAAGACAAAGGCAACUAUUAUCAAGUUAAUAUAAUUUUAACAAAUUUUAAAGAAGAGUAUUAUGACGAGGUAUUUAAAUGUGUUGCGACAAAUGGAUUGGGAAAUCAACUUGCAACUAUUAAGUUUAGAAAAACAGCUCCAGAUUUUACAAAGGAGAUAGUAGCAACAUUUGGUGUGUUUGCCUGUGUUUUACUCAUCUGCAUUUGCACCUACAAGAGUUUCAAGACUGAUAUUAUCCUGUGCUUUCGUGAUAAUUUUGCUGUAGGUGGUGCUCAGAAUGAUGGUAAGAGAUAUGAUGCUUACAUCAUCUAUCCACAAAGUAAUUCAUCAUGCAAUCCUGAUAUACUUCUCUUUGUUAUGAAUAUAUUGCCAAGUGUUUUGGAAUUGCAGUGUGGGUACAGGUUGUUCAUACCCGGCAGAGAUGAUCUUCCUGGAGAAGCAUUCGCUGAGCAAGUAAAAAAUAACAUCAAAGAAAGCAGAAGACUGAUUAUUUUAAUGGCAAAGUCUUUUGAUAAAUCACUGUUUGAACAGCAAGUUGGAUUGCAUGAUGCAUUGCUGUACAAUCAAAUGAAAGUUAUUCUGAUUGAGAUGGAUUAUCACGAGGAUUAUAGUGACUUUUCUGAAUCAAUGAGACAUAUUAUACAAAAGAAGGGAACCAUUAAGUGGAAAAGCAAUAAGUGGACAACGAAAUCUUCUUCAAACACAAAAUUUUGGAAACAAGUAAGGUAUAAUAUGCCCGCAAGAUCUUCCUGGUCCAGGAGAAAUAUAGAGCAUGUUAGAAGUGUGCCAAAUGUACCCCAAUCUGUGUUGUUGUAAAGAUAUGUAAGGUUACUACUCUAGAGACUAUUGUAAACCGCAGAAAAAUGUAAUACCAAAUACUAGGGAUUUGUCUUCCCAGACUUUUCCUUGACGAACUGUAUGGUUGGUUAAAUUCCAAUUUGCAACAUAUGAGCUGUAUGGAAAUUUAAAUUCUUUGAUUUUUUUUUCAGAAUGUUUACUCUGUGGUGUAGUAGUAUUUUGAAAGUUAAUAGAUAUUUUCAUUUUAAAACUGCACAAAAUCUAUUUCAUAUUGAAAUUAACGAAGUCUCCAAAAAUUAUACACAAAUAUAUUGUCUGUCUAAUUUUCUCUAAAGGUGAAUAAAGAUCAAAAGCAGAUUCAUAAGGUU